AUGUCAAGAUCGAUUUCGUCAACAAAAGUGCUCCUAGGCUCAGACCUCGUGCCAGCCACCAUCAUAUUUUCCAUAGAGUCAGGCAAAAUUCUUCACAUCGAAAACCGCGUGGUUGAUGAAGAUGAUCCCAUAUUACGUCUCUACAAUGUUCUCAGACCAGACCACAGAAAUGUUUCUCCUUUGGUGGUGAUGCCAGGAAUUGUCGAUGCUCAUGUUCAUCUCAACGAGCCUGGAAGAACUGAAUGGGAAGGUUUUGCUACUGGCACCAAAGCCGCAGCGUCUGGAGGUGUAACCACAGUAAUUGAUAUGCCGUUAAAUGCCAUUCCUCCCACCACUACGGUUGCAAAUUUCAAUCUCAAAAUCAAUGCUGCUCGUGGACAAACCUGGGUGGAUGUCGGAUUUUGGGGUGGUUUGAUUCCCACUAAUGUUGACCAUCUAAUUCCAUUGAUUUCCAUGGGUGUUCGUGGUUUCAAAGCAUUUAUGAUCGAUAGUGGUGUGGACGAAUUUCCAGCCAUUACCCCAAAACAUAUCAUGAAAGCCAUGGCCAAAGUUCGUGGUCUUCCUACUCUUCUUAUGUUCCAUGCCGAAAUGCAACCUCACAGACGCCAUGGACCUGCUUUUUCGGUGCACGAAGUCGAGGGAAGAACUCCAAAGUUAGUAGCCAACGAAGAACACGCAAAAUUCCACGCCGAGUUUCUGUUGGAACUGGACGAAGACGAUGAGUAUGAGCAGACCCUGGACGAAACACCUGUGUUAUCGGACGUGCAACAAGUAACCGAGGAAAUUGAUGACAUAGACCUUGGUAUGUCUGCAUCGUUUAUCAAUAGAGCUCCACAAGGAGUCGUCAAAAUCUUGGCUUCGGAGAACAAAGGAAGACACCAGCAAGACCACGAAAAUUGUAAGUUACCUCACAAUCAUGCUGGGUCCAUCAACCACUCGGUAUUAUCUGAUGAACAGGCUCGAGCAUUAGCCAAAUCUCCAUACUUGGUUGGUUCCGAGCCAAUCUUUGGAAAAUACGCAAAAAUGGCCCACCAUAACUACCACGAAGAGUUAGACGAAGAAUACGAAAGAGAGUCUCCAUUCAACAGAAAAGACUAUAGAGAUCUCAAAAACGACUCGACAAUUGACACACCUCUCCUACUUGCUCAGCAAGAUGAUUCGAUGCUCGCAGACAUCGACCCCACUACUUAUGCUGCAUUUUUGGCUUCUCGUCCUGACAACUUUGAGACCACUGCUAUCGCUGAAAUCGUCAAUUGUUCGCUUAAAGAGCCCACUGUUCCAAUGCAUAUAGUGCAUUUGGCUACACACGAGGCCAUUCCUUUAUUGAGGGCCGCAAAGGCUCGCAACUUGCCUAUUUCUGCAGAGACAUGCUUCCACUACUUGUCUCUCACUGCAGAAAAAAUAUCGAAUUGCUCAACUCAUUUCAAGUGCUGCCCACCCAUUAGAACCGACUCUAACAGAAAACUAUUGUGGAACGCAUUGCGCAGAGGAAUCAUCUCGACUGUGGUGUCGGAUCAUUCUCCAUGUACACCAGACUUGAAGGGCUUGGAAAGAGGUGAUUUUUUCUCGGCAUGGGGUGGUAUUUCGUCAGUUGGGUUUGGACUUCCCAUUCUUUACACAGAGGGCCAGAAAUUGUCUCCACCAAUUACUCUCGCAGAAAUCAGCACUUGGUGCUCGUGGAACACUUCCAAGCAGGUUGGGCUCUCGCACAGGAAAGGAAAGAUUGCAGUUGGAUACGACGCCGAUUUCUUGAUUUUCAAUCCAGAAGAAUCUUAUAUUGUCAAGAACGACGAGGUGUACUUCAAAAACAAGCUUACGGCGUAUGAUGGUAUGAAAUUCCAGGGUAGAGUUACCGAAACCAUUGUGCGUGGUAACCCGGUGUAUGCUUUUAGCAAAGGGCAUUCGGAUAUUCCUAUGGGAACUCUUUUGCUUGAACCCAGAAUAGACUAG